CCCGUGGAGCUUUAAUUAUAUCAUUCGAUCGAGAGUCAUCAAACAUCGGACAACGUACCAAGAAGACACACCACUUUGCACAGUAUUUAGCAUAGUUUCAUUUCGGACUGUACUCAACUGCUUCCACCAUGCUGAAAUUUAUCUGUUUUAUCGCUUGUGUGACGGUGGCCGUUUCGGCAUAUCGAGUGCACGUUCCCCAUCAAGAGGAGCACCAUGCGGAAUUGGAGAAACACCACAAAGCUGAACACGUCAAAGUCGAACAUCACAAAAUCGAGCACCAUCACGAAGAUCACAUUGACGUCCCGCACGAUUAUUUCGCACAUGCCAAGUACAAGUUCGACUACGGAGUUAAGGACCCCCAUACCGGAGAUCACAAGACCCACUGGGAAGAGCGUGACGGUGAUGUCGUGAAGGGAGCUUACACUUUGUUCGAUGCCGACGGCAGCACUCGGAUUGUUGAGUACACUGCGGAUCCUUUGCACGGAUUCAAAGCAGUCGUCAAAAAAGUCCAACACGAGCCACUAGUCCAUCAUGAGCCGGAGAAAAAGCAUCAUCACGAGCACAAGCAUUCGGAAUAAGCGGAUGAGCAUUCAAACUUAUUUAUACUCAAUCCUGAAAGACUUGAUAUUUAUUAAGAAUGUUGUUAAGUUUGUAGCCCAUUCUGCCGUGAAACCAGAAUAAUAUAUGUGUUCUUUAUUUAAA